AUGGCUGCUGCUUCAUCUUCUCAUCACAAGCAACCACACGCCCAAACGACCACUGCCACUGCUUCGUCCGCCAUGAACGACGUAAGCUCCAAGCGCGAUUGUGUCAUCCAAACAUCGUCUUCUGCUUCUGCUUGCUGCGUCUCCUUCACGCACAAAACGACCCCGCUGCUUCUGCUUCACCUCAUUGUCAUCGUCUUCAACCAAACGCCCUCCCGUGUCGUCGCUAAACCAAUAUCUUUCUGCUGCGUUGCUACUGAGAAGCCGAAGGCGACUCCUCCUAAACCUUCCGAUAAUGAACCUACUGGGAAAGUCACCAAUGAAUUCACCAACGCGGGUUCGAUCGGGAAAGUGUGUCAGGUUAUUGGUGUCGUCGUAGAUGUGAGAUUCGAUGAUGGUUUGCCGCCGAUCCUUACUGCGUUUGAGGUUUUGGAUAACCAGAUCCGACUUGUGCUUGAGUUUGCUCAACAUUUGAGUGAGAAUAUGGUUAGGACUAUUGCUAUGGAUUGUGAUGAAGGUAUGGUUCGUGGUCAACGUGUCCUCAAUACUGGCUCUCCUAUCACUGUCCAUGUUGGUAGAGCCACCCUUGAUGCGAGAGGCGACAAUAACACCGAUCACUUUUUGCCAAUUCAUAGUGAAGCUCUUGCCUUUGUUGAGCAAGCAACCGAACAACAAAUUCUCGACUGGUAUCAAGGUUGUUGA